AACUGGCGUAAUUCUAAUCUUGCUGCGUGAAGAUCUCAGAUGAUAUGGAAAGUCCAGCGAGUGGUCCCACGGAGUGUGAAAUGCAGUUUUUCUCUGUGCAUUCGUUAUAUCCUGACAAAAAGCAAGGUAUGGAGGGUCCUGAACUGUCUGCCAUUGGUGACUGUGGAGCUCCAGUGGACUCGCCGGCGCAGGGGAAGGACAAUGGGUUGACGAAUGACCCCGCCUCAGCCGAUCACCUCCGCAGGAAGCUCAAAUUCUUCUUCAUGAACCCGUGCGAGAAGUUCCAAGCUCGUGGCCGCAAACCAUGGAAACUGGGAGUGCAGAUCCUGAAGAUAGCGAUGGUUACUCUGCAGCUGGUUCUGUUUGGGCUCAGCAAUCAGAUGGUGGUCCUCUUCAAAGAAGAGAACACUGUGGCUUUUAAACACCUCUUUAUUAAGAACUACGUGGACAGUCCCAGCAGUGACUUUGCAAUCUACACUCAAAGUGAAGUCUACGAGUAUCUUUCCUUCAUAUUCAGUCAGUAUGCGCAACUGCGUAAGAUUUCUGUUGGCAACCAUGCUUACGAAAGGAGAGGCACUGACCUAAUGCCAUUGACUAUGUGUCAGUAUUUCUACAAGCGGGGAAGCAUCAGUCCUGGCAAUGAGUCGUUCAACAUUGACCCAAUGGUGGAGAGGGAGUGCUUGGACAUCCAACCAAUGACUCGGCUCGGUGGUCCAGCUGUGGAUGGGAAGCUGAAUUUCACAUUGCACUUCCACAGGCUUUUGAUGGUGCAAAUUGUUAAACUAAAAGCCAUCAACCUUCAAACCAUCAGGCGUCAUGAGCUGCCUGAUUGCUACGAUUUCAGUGUGACGAUCACCUUUGACAAUAGAGCUCACAGUGGAAGAAUUCAAAAUCUGGACAACGAUAUCUCCAUUAGAAAAUGCAAAGGCAGACAUGUGACGGGGGGUGUGCAAAGGACCACCCAUUACAUGAUGAUUUUUGAUGGCUUUAUUGUUGGAACUUGUCUGAUCUCGUUGAUCCUCUGCACCCGAUCUGUUAUAAAUGGAAUAAAGCUGCAGCGUGAAUUUGCCCAGUUCUUCUCACUGAACUACAAUAAGCAGGUGACGUGGACUGACCGCUUGGAGUUUCUGAAUGGCUGGUACCUUCUGAUCAUUGCAAGUGACCUGCUGACCAUCACUGGAUCAAUCCUGAAAAUGGAGAUCGAAGCCAAGAGUUUUGCAUCGUAUGAUGUUUGCAGCAUCCUGCUGGGGACUUCCACCUUGCUGGUUUGGGUUGGAGUCGUUCGUUACCUGGGUUUCUUUGAAAAGUACAACGUCCUGAUUUUGACCCUCCGGGCAGCAUUUCCCAACGUGAUUCGUUUCUGCUGCUGUGCGUCCAUGAUCUACCUGGGCUACUGUUUCUGCGGCUGGAUCGUGCUGGGACCUUACCACCAGAAGUUUCGAUCAUUGAACGUGGUCUCCGAGUGCCUCUUCUCUCUCAUCAAUGGUGACGACAUGUUCUCGACCUUCGCGGCAAUGCAGGACAAGAGCUACCUGGUCUGGCUGUUCAGUAGGAUCUACUUGUACUCUUUCAUCAGCCUCUUCAUCUACAUGGUUCUGAGUCUCUUCAUUGCCCUCAUCACUGACACCUAUGAAACCAUUAAACUUUACCAGCAGAGUGGGUUCCCACAGACAGAUUUGCAUGCUUUUAUAGCUGAGUGUCAGGAUUUGCCAGACUCUGGGAGGUACAGAGUGGAGGAGGUCCCGAUCUCACUCUACUGCUGUUGUAACAGGUGA